GCUGCGCCCCCUGGUCCCAGCCGCCGCCGUCCGGGCGCGCGCAGCCAGCGGGCGCGACGAUGCCGAGAUGGUCCCGCUGGCGCGGAGCAGGCACCGGGACGCGAGCGCCAAGCCACCGCCGCCCAGCGGGCCGCAGGACGCCGGGGAGCUGGGCCCCGAGCGCGCGCCCCCUUCCGUGGAGUCCAGCGCCCACCAGGGGCCCCUCACCGAGCACUCCGCGCCGCCCGCUGGGGCCGGCCUGGGGGGGCGCCUGGCGGCGCUGCGCGGGGCGCUGGGCCUGCGGUGGGCCGGGCGCGGGGGGCGCUGGGCCACGCCGCUGCUGGCUGCCUUUGCAGCCCUGUUACACUGGAACCAUAUAACACAUCUCUUUGAAAAUGACCGUCAUUUUUCUCACCUCUCUACAUUGGAAAGGGAGAUGGCUUUUCGCACUGAAAUGGGACUCUAUUAUUCUUACUUCAAGACCAUCGUGGAGGCACCCUCAUUUCUGCACGGGGUGCGGAUGAUCAUGAAUGAUAAACUGACAGAAUACCCCCUCAUCAUCAACACACUGAAAAGGUUCAAUCUGUACCCUGAGGUAAUCUUGGCCAGCUGGUACAGGAUUUAUACUAAGAUAAUGGACUUAAUGGGUGUUCAAACCAAGACCUGUUGGACAGUUACCAGAGGGGAAGGACUCAGUCCUAUAGAGAGCUGUGAAGGAUUGGGAGAUCCUGCUUGCUUUUAUGUUGCUGUAAUUUUUAUUUUGAAUGGACUGAUGAUGGCAUUGUUCUUCAUAUAUGGCACCUAUUUAAGCGGCAGCCGAUUGGGAGGCCUCGUAACGGUGUCAUGCUUCUUUUUCAAUCAUGGAGAGUGCACCCGUGUGAUGUGGACGCCACCUCUCCGAGAAAGCUUCUCAUACCCAUUCCUUGUGCUUCAGAUGUUGCUUGUGACUCAUAUUCUCAGGGCUACAAAACUUUACAGAGGAAGCCUAAUUGCACUCUGCAUUUCCAAUGUAUUCUUCAUGCUUCCAUGGCAGUUUGCUCAGUUUGUGCUGCUAACCCAGGUUGCCUCCUUGUUUGCAGUAUAUGUCGUGGGGUACAUCGAUGUCUGUAAAUUACGGAAGAUCAUUUAUAUACACAUGAUUUCUCUCGCGCUGUGUUUUGUUCUGAUGUUUGGGAACUCGAUGCUGUUGACGUCUUAUUACGCUUCCUCUUUGGUAACUAUUUGGGUUGUGCUGGCAAUGAAACCAUUUUUUAUGAAAAUAAAUAUAUCAGAAUUUAGUUUAUGGGUUAUCCAAGGAUGUGUUUGGUUAUUUGGAACUAUUAUACUCAAAUCUUUGACCUCCAGGCUCUUUGGCAUUGCCGAUGAUGCUCACAUCGGCAACUUACUGACCUCAAAAUUCUUCAGUUACAAGGAUUUUGAUACUUUACUAUAUACCUGUGCAGCAGAAUUUGACUUUAUGGAAAAGGAGACCCCCCUGAGGUACACAAAGACGCUGUUGCUUCCUGUUGUUCUUGUAGUAUUUAUUGCAGUUGUCAGAAAGAUUAUUAGUGAUAUGUGGAGCGUCUUAGCCAAGCAGCAGAAGCAGACAAGAGAAUACCAGUUUGAUCAUGGAGAGCUGGUGUACCACGCCUUGCAACUGUUGGCAUACACAGCCCUCGGCAUUUUGAUUAUGAGACUGAAACUCUUCCUGACGCCACACAUGUGUGUUAUGGCUUCCUUGAUCUGCUCUCGACAGCUGUUUGGAUGGCUCUUUUGCAAAGUGCACCCUGGGGCUGUUGUGUUUGCCAUAUUAGCAGCGAUGUCAAUUCAGGGGUCAGCGAAUCUACAAACACAGUGGAAUAUUGUGGGGGAGUUCAGUAAUUUGCCACAAGAAGAACUGAUAGAAUGGAUCAAAUAUAAUACCAAACCAGAUGCAGUGUUCGCGGGGGCUAUGCCUACCAUGGCCAGUGUAAAGCUGUCCGCGCUGCGACCUGUGGUGAAUCAUCCACACUACGAAGAUGCCGGCCUGAGAGCCAGAACAAAAAUAGUGUAUUCAAUGUACAGUCGAAAAGCUGCUGAAGAAGUAAAGCGAGAACUGGUCAAACUAAAAGUGAAUUACUACAUUCUGGAAGAAUCAUGGUGUAUAAGAAGAUCCAAGCCUGGCUGUAGCAUGCCUGAGAUUUGGGACGUGGAAGAUCCCACCAACGCUGGAAAGACACCCCUCUGUAACCUCCUGGUGAAGGAGUCCAAGCCUCACUUCACCACUGUAUUCCAGAACAGUGUUUACAAAGUCCUAGAAGUUAUAAAAGAGUAACGGCCACGUGAGUUGCUGCUGACAGAUGACUACACCAACCAUGGUCUUAAUGUUUUGCUAACGAGUCAUGUAUCAUUUUUAAUUCAAAUCCCAAAAUUUUUAUAGGCAACUUUUCAAAUGGGAGAACAUAUUACUUGGUCAGUUCAAGUGUCAUUCUGGCUGUAAAAAUGACUUACGUGCUUAUUGAUGGGUUACUAUUUCAGUACACUUCUGGAAACUUGCUAUGCAAAGAAGUAUAUGCCUACACUUGACUAAAAUACGCGUGCUGACGUGAGCAGAGAUGCUUGUGUAAAACUGUGUGCUGGGUCAUGACAGAGAUAGUGGGAAAAUGUCAUCCAUCCUGAGCAGUGCUGGGCUGAUUUGAGUUUCAUGGAGCACUGGUGUCCCUUGCUUUUCUCUCCACCCCUGCUCCUGGGUCUGGGCGACAGACCUGUGGUUCUUGCAGGCUUGGUCACCUCCCCUGCUCCGCAGCGGAGCUGUGGUGGAUGGGCAGGCCUCGGUGUGGCUGUGUGCUAUCACUCUUGAGAUUUUUUUUGUUGUUUUCUGUUGCUCUUGUGAAUGAAACGCUUCCUGCCUUUUCUUUUUCCAGGCUCUUGGAUCUAGUGGCUAGGACCAAAUCUGUUUUAACAUCCAACCCUGUGAUGUUAUUGUCUCGCCCAGUCCCCAGUUUUUGUCAGAUAAGUGAUAAUUUGCUCAUUAAGUUGCUUAGCAAGUACUUGUUCUUGAUAUAAAAAAUGGUAACCAUGGAUUUUCCUCAUUUUUAGUAUUAUUCAGAUGUUUAUAUUUUAAUACCUUUAAACCAAUUUAAAAAUUUUUCAUAUUUAAUUAUAGGUUAAAAAUUAUUUUGAAGAACCCCAAAUGUGUGUAUCUAGAAGCUAAUGUAUAUUUAAGUAGAUAUAAUAUGCAGCAAACUGUAGUGUCCGAUAUUUUCUUUUAUUAUUAAGAUAUAAUAAAACAUAACUAAUUUUUCUGUCAAAAAAGUAAAUGAAUAAUAAUGAAUGAGUGGAGUUUUUACUGUUUUGUUUUCAAACGUUAAGUCCAGUGUUGUAAUUUUUGCUUCGAAAAACCAUCAUUUCAGUGUGAGGAAUGAGUGUCUUCAGCCUUCUACUUCAUUUUUUUUCUUCUUAUUUUAUUUUGAAAAAUUUCCAAAUCUGCCUUGAAUUCCUUGUAUAAACCUUUGUUUCUUAGAAGUUAAUUGGUGUGAAAUAAGAUUGUUGGAAACAAUGAAUCAUCCUCAUUUUAUGAAAUGGUUGUCGGGCUUUAAUUCUAAGCUUACCGUGACCAUGGUUGAGUACACUUUUAAUCACACAGUGUUCUGUUCAUUAACCAGAGCAGCUUCUCUCCCUGUGGCUUGUCUGUGGGACCUGGCUCCUCUGGAAUGCGUUUUGGCUCGAACUGGGAGCCUGUCUUCCCUGGGGUAUAGCAGGUGGCUACGGACAGUGCAGUAGCCCAGGAAUGGUGCUGGAGCCCUGGGGUGUCUCCCAGGAGACUGCAGACUUGUACUUGCUCUCUCUCAUUUGCUGCGUGACGGUUUUAUUUCUUAGGGUUUUGUAUGCUUUGGAAAAUAGGGGAGUAGCUGGGGAUUUGUGGAUUCAGAAUCACACUGGAGCAGUCAUGCUGCAACUUGGAAAAACAUGAAGAGAACACUUGAGACUACAGGGAAAGAGCCAGCCUGAGUGGGGACGGGAGGGUACUUGGGCUUCCGCAGCGAUCCCCACUUGCGUGUGGCAGGUUUUGUACAUACAGCAGUCAGCUUUCAAUCGUGCUUCUAAUGUUGCUCUGUUCUCACCCUCUGACAGUUCCUUUCAUUCAGAUACCAUUAUGGUCAUGUCAUGUGCUGGGCAACAUUAAAAGUAGCCUAAAUCAGUGUUUUCAGAAAAUCUUUUUGUAACAGUAUUUCUUCAUGUAACCCCACCAGCAAAUGAUGCAUUCAGGCAGAGGCCAUGGGCACUUGUGUGCUGCUGGCUACCAACCUGGAGUCAUGGUGCAUUCUGGGAAAAGCAGUAUUAAGGCUCAGUAUUUUGCAUAUUUUUAGCAUUGGAAAAUAUUUUUGCUUUCCUGUGAAGACAGUAAAGGAGGCAAUGGAAAUAGCUGUUGCUAUGACAUUUAAGAAAAGCCAAGCUGGGGCAGUGGUUCCAUAAAAAGACCAAACCUUUCCGAUUGCCCGGCAGAAAGUGCUGCUGAACCAAGCCGGUGCCAUUGAGGGAAGGCGAGGGAUGCAUUGGGGUACAGGGAGACUGCCUAGGAGUAUUGUAUUUUUAUGAAUUUUAUGCCACUUGUCUACAUGGACUAUAUGUUAAAUAAAAAAGAUCAUGAAAACAUACAGAAA